AUGAAUAAACGCAAGCAAAAUGCAGAAAGUGAUAUGAAUGAAGAAGAUAAGAGAUUGGAGGAAGAACUGUUACAAGCGGUCGACAUAUUAAAAGUAAAUAAAGCCAUAUUGCUAUCAUUAAAUCACCUAAGAAUGCUGAUAUGCACAUCUACGACUUCGAUGACUUCCGUUCCGAAACCUCUUAAAUAUUUGAGGGAAUAUUAUCCAAGCUUGAAGAGCGUAUACGAAAAGCUCAAACAAAAGGAAGUAAAGACACGUUUUGCAGAAAUUCUGAGUGUGCUCGCACUAGCCGGAGGCACUUCAGCAUUCAGGGAUUGCUUGAAUUUCUGUAUCAAAGGAGAGGUGAAUAAUCCCGGUGAAUGGGGUCAUGAAUAUGUGAGACAACUCGAAGUAGAGAUAGUUGACGAAUGGACGAAUGCGCCGAUUAAAGAGGAGCAUGAGAUCAGAAAACGUCUUACACCGUUGAUUAAAAGCAUCAUUUCAUUUGACAUAAAACACAACGCGGAGAUACAGGCAUGCGAUCUGUGCUUGGAGAUCGAUGAGCUGAAUUUCCUCGCGGAACAUUUGGAUUCCACAAAUUUUACACGAGUGUGUCAUUAUUUGAUUAGCUGCGCGGCUUACAGUGAAGACACCGAGAGAAGACAAAUAUUAGAAUUCGCCACGGAGCAAUAUCUGAAGUUUAACGAGUUUACAAGGGCAAUUUUGAUAGCGCUGCAACUUGCGAAUUCAGAACUCAUUUUCAAGUGCUUUCAUGCUUGUCCUGAGUCUUUAAUGAGGAAUCAACUAUCCUUCAUCCUCGCCCGACUGCAAGAUCAACCUUUAAGGAUGGAGUAUCAAGGAAACGAUGCCAAAGAUAUAGAGACAAUUUUCAGCAACGGCCACGUGAAUACUCACUUCCAAAUCCUUGCCAGAGAACUUGACAUACUCGAGCCAAAGCUUCCGGAGGAUAUAUACAAAAGCUGGUUAGUGAGCGGGUCCAGACAAAUGGAACACGAUUCUGCGAGGGCGAAUUUAGCAGCGAGCUUUGUUUCUGGUUUCGUACAUGCAGGUUUCGGCCAGGAUAAACUAAUGGCAAACACGUCUGACUGUUGGGUGUACAAAAAUAAGGAGCACGGAAAAUUAUCAGCUACUGCUUCUUUGGGCCUAAUACACAUGUGGGACGUCGAUGGCGGAUUAGUUCCUAUUGACAAAUAUCUUUAUACAAAUGAAGAUUACAUAAAAUCUGGUGCCUUGUUAGCCAUCGGACUAGUAAAUUGUGGAAUUCAUAACGAAUGCGAUCCAGCUCUGGCGCUUCUCAGCGAGUAUGUCAGCUCGAGCAGCCAGAUUCUUCGUAUCGGAGCUGUCUUGGGAUUAGGUCUGGCUUAUGCUGGAUCCAGAAGAAAAGAUGUUACCGAGCUUCUUUCUGGAGUUUUAGCCGAUGAGAAAAAUAAUAUGCAAGUAUUAUCACUAGUUGCCAUAUCCCUGGGCCUCGUGAAUGUAGGCUCGGGAGAUUCCGAUGUAUCUUCGACUAUUCUGUUAAAAUUAUUGGGAUUAUCUGUAAAGGAGCUUGUUACUCCGCAUUCCAGAUUUUUGGCGUUAGCUCUGGGAAUGGUUUAUAUGGGAACUCGAGACGCCAUAGAAACACCAUCCGCAGCACUUGAAGCUCUACCAAAACCGUACAAUUUUGCCUCGCAAACUAUGCUACAAAUUUGCGCGUAUGCGGGCACUGGUGAUGUUUUGAUAGUGCAAGAACUAUUAAGGAUUUGUUCGGAAGUAACUGAAGAAGUAACGAGUGUGAAAAUCACGCCUGAAAACACUUCGAUAUCAAGUUGUUGCGAUAAAAAAAAACCACAAGUCAGCUCUGCUACGUUAGAAAAAAAUAAAAAAGCUGAAAAUCAAACCGAAGAGACUGUUAAAGACAUUGAAGCGCCGCAGGCAAUAGCAUCCCUUGGGGUAGGAGUGGUCGGGCUUGGAGAAGGAAAGGAAAAUUCGCGAAUCUUUGGUCAGGUCGGAAGAUACGGUCCAACACCAGCGCGACGAGCUAUGCCCCUCGCGAUGGCUCUGUCCUCUCUAUCGAAUGCCGACCCAGCAGUCUUAGAUGUAUUAAACAAAUACAGUCAUGACCAUGACUCUGACGUCGCUCUCAAUGCGAUCUUUGCCCUCGGUUUGGUAGGUGCCGGUACGAACAAUGCACGGUUAGCGACAAUGUUAAGACAGCUGGCAGCUUAUCAUGCGAAAAAUCCCUCUCAUCUGUUCCUCGUACGCAUCUCUCAAGGCUUGGUGCAUUUGGGCAAGGGUACUUUAUCCUUGUCGCCCUUACGGUACGCCUCAAAAGUCUUAGAUUACACCGCCUUAGCUGGACUGAUGGUUGUCCUUGUUGCGUGUCUAGAUUGCAGGAAUCUUAUACUAUCGCAGUCUCAUUAUUUGAUGUAUUGCUUAGCGGUCGCGAUGGAGCCAAGGUGGUUGGUUACCGUCGACGAAAAUCUUAAGAAUUUGCCGGUAUCGGUGAGAGUCGGUCAAAAUGUAGAUGUUGUAGGAAAAGCGGGUAAUCCAAAAUCCAUUGUCGGCGGUCAUGUACAAACUACACCGGUGUUGUUGUGCGCGGGUGAAAAAGCAGAAUUAGUGUCAGACCAAUACGAAUCACUUUCGAGUGUACUGGAAGGUUUCGUGAUUCUUCGCGAAAAACUAUAAUUUAUAUAUUAAUAAUCUAUAUAUAACUAUAUAUUAAUCUUGCACUUAAUGUGUUGUUUCUACUCGUGCGCAAUUUAAAUUUUUUACAGCAGGCUAUAAUAUUGUAGAUUAGAAAAAAUUUAAUUUAACAUUCUGCGGUGACUGCUUUGGAUCGUCUCUCGAUUUGACCGCAUCUCCUCUAUUAAAACUAAGCACUAUCGUCUAUAAAUGUUAAAAAAUUUUCAUUGAUACAGAUCUAUAUAAAAAAUAAUAUAAUAGAUAUAGAUGCAUAGAUUUUAUUGCGGGAUGUUUGCUGAUCAAUGACCAAUGAAAUGGCAACAAUGACGACAAAUGCUUAGAUUUUUCAUAUACGUUUGCAUUUAUUUAACUUUAGGGACUAGCGGAAGCAAUGUGCUCUAUACAACAGAAACAUACAUUGGUUCGCAUUGCACAGUGAGAACAAUAACGCUACACCAUGAUCAAAAUACCGGAUAUAUAUAAAAAAAAAAAUCAACAAAACCGGCCGCGAGGAUCAUUUAGACUAUAAUGAAAAUAAAAUAAAAAAAGACAAUCACGUGAAUGUAUUAUGCAAGUAAAAUACAUUCAUAAAAAAAUUGUAAUAAUGUAAAUCUUAAAUAACUAGAAAUAAUGAAGUAAUUAAUUGCAUGUUUGCGAUCAUGGAGCACGUUGGAUUUUCUUUAUGAUAAAACGGUUAUCCAAGCAACACAAUGGUUUAAGAGACGUUUAAAAGAUUGUCACCAUGUGAAAAAUUGGAACGUAUUGCCGGACGGCUGAUCAGGAUCGUGUUGCCUCGGUAGGAAUUUAAGUAUUACACAAAUAUACAGCGUGCUUAGGAUGCUUGUAAGACUAACGAUUCCUCUCUCACAUAAAAUGUCCCAUGACAUUUGCUUAGUAGGCACAUGAUGUAGGGUAAAGAGGCGAAGUGUGUGUAUGUAUAAUAAAACGCAGUUAAUUCGAUAAAAUAUCGCAUGCGCGUCGACAAUAUAGUAGUUCGAUGACUUCGUUUAAACGAAUGUAUCAACCUUAUCGGACGCAUGCGUAUCUGCAAUGCAUAAUAAACACAUGUAUGAUAAUCAUACAUGGUUGGCAUAAUAGUCGAUACGUCGUGUGUUUUAACUAUAUGAAAAUUCAACUAUUCGCGUUGAAUAAAACAAUUUUCUAUUUAGUGAACGCGCAUACGUCUGGUAUAUUUAGCUUGCUACAUGCGAUCUAUUUCUUCAAAAUUUUUUAAAUUCUGUGCAGGACCUAAUUUAAGAGUGGAGGAUAUGAAUACCUACAAAAUUAAUAUUUUAAUCAGUAAUAAAUAUCGCUAACGUCUGAAUAUUGUCUGUUUAUAUUUCAAAAGUAGCAUAAAACAACUUUUGAAACUGAAGAACUUAAAAUAUGAUAAGAAUGACUUGCACAAAAUGCAUUUCUCUUUUUGAAUGUAAAAUAUUAAAAAUUUUUGCAAAUUUACUUUUUGAUUACAUAAACGUAUAUACAAUAAACACUUUAUAAUUAUAAAAAAUCAAUUACCAAUUAUUGUUUUUAAUAGAUAAAUAUAAAUCGAUGUAAACAUUUUCAAAAUUUGAUUUAUGCCAUUUUUAUUAAAAUAUCAAAAAUACUAUAAAUUUAAAUGUUACAAUAUAUAGCAAUAUAAAUGCUACAUAUUAGUACAAUGUAAUAAAAUAUACAUUUUGAGUUAAUGAUAAGUCUUUUUAUGGUUUGACUGUGUUGAAUCCACCACAACUAUAAAUUUGGUCCUGAUUUUCAUAAUUAUACUCUAAUGUAGAGUGAUCGAAGUGAUCGUAGAAGUCUAUCGCAAUCUGCAUCGCAGAGUAUUUACUUUAGUUAUUACAUUCAAGAAUAAUUAAAAACAUUGAUAUAUCUCCUUACACAAAAAAUACCGCAAGCAAUUCUAUAAAAUAAUCCUUGCCACAGAGUAAAUUAAAACGCGCUAAAUUCACACACAAAUUAUUUGAUUAAUCAGCGUAUUCGUACCAUUCAGCAAGCUGGGCUCAUCCUACUUAUACUUUUAACUCUUCAUGUUGUACAUAGUAAAAUAUAAUAAUAAUAAUAAUAAUAAUAAUAUUAAUAGUAUAGUUAAAAAUUAAUAAUAAUAAAUCCUACCAUUGUAGCGUCCCUUGCGUCAUAAUCUCCACAAGGUUAAUAUAUAUGUAUGCAAUUUAGCGAAUAUGCAAUUACUAUAAAACUUCUCUAGCUGCUUUCUCACGCCACUUUUCGAUAUUUCGAUUAACUUCUUAUUUACAAUAGCAAAUUGUAUUAAGAGUUUUAAUCGCAAUCUCUUCUAUUUGAUUAUCUUCUCUAUAUUUUAAUAUCAGCCGUCAUUGCGUACUCGCAUUAACAUGUGUGUAAUGAACCUAAGUCACAAUAGAAAUGGUAAAAUUCAAAAAUGACUACGUCGUUAAACAAAUCGGGUCAUAGAUAAAGCUGCUUGGAUUCAUUGCUGCGAGAAAAAGUUGACAAUAAGUGGCAGUGAUUCUGUGUCAUUACAUGUAUGUAUGUAUGUAUGUAUGUAUGUAUGUAUGUAUGUAUGUAUGUAUGUGUGUGUGUGUGUGUGUGUGUGCGCGCGCGCGUGUGUGUGU